AUGGAAGACUUUCCGCAUUCCCUGUGUGCCACGUGGCACCUUCCCAUUGCUCAAAAUCUUCAUGAAAUCAAAUUCGUGCAUUUGGUCGGUGUUGGGGCUACAGUAAUCCAUGUGGAUGGGAAGAUAAAAAGUGCUGAUUGUUUGAUUACUGUAAUCAGUACGGCUACCAUACAUGAAUGUAUACUGUAUGUCAAUGGAAAACGCUUCUCGGAGUAUGCGAAAUGGUACAGUAAUCAUUUCGCCACGUGGAAACCAAAAAUCACCAAUUUCACCGAAUCCGGGACCAUCCGAAAUUUCGAAUUGGAUCCCAAUAUGAAAAUUCCAUCGGCAAUUGUCACCAGUGAUAAGGAAUACAGUAAUCACACAUUGAUGGUGGAUGGAGAAAUGGUCCCGUUGUUCGAGGAAAUCGACGAAAAAGAGCACAAAUUGGAAUUUUGA